GUAGCAAUAUAAUGUGACCGUAGGAAUUGUUGGUAUAUUUCUCUUUGGCAAGGUGGCAUCAUCGUUGAAUCAAUGUUUUUAGCAUUUAAUUUUGCGAAACAUUCAUUAGUAUUUUUAAAAUCAAAUUUUUUUCAUAAAUAUUGCAUGUCGAGCUGAAUCACAUGAGAGUACAACACAUAAAUUUCUCAAUUUCAGAAAACAUGUUUUUAAGGUCCAUAGAUUCGUGAGUCAUAUUACCAAAAGAAACUUGAAAUGAUUCUGAUUUGUACAAAAGAGAAUAAGGCCGUAUCUUUGCUUUUUUGUAAAACGACGGAUUAUAGUCACAACCCGUGAAAGCAUGGAAAGCCGGAAGUGCUUUACAUAAUUUUUCUCCUAAUUCAGCGUACAUACGAGUCACGUCAAUAAAUCUCAUAUUAUCGGAAACGCCAAAUAACAAACUGAUUUCUAAUUCAAAUUUUAAUUUGUGCAUAUUUCCAAGCAAAAUAAUAAAGAUAUCGGUGUCAUCGCAUUUAACUGUUACUUUUCCACUUUCAUCGAGAUGGCAAAUCGUGUGAACUAUUCUAGUAUCAGCUUCUUCAUGUCUAGGUGCCGUGAACAAAGCGUUAAUAGAAUGUUUAACCGACUGUAGACCAUCAUUUCCAGUUUUUUGCUUAAACUCGUGACAUUCAUCGUAAUUUAUGAAAACUAUUUUACUUUCGAAAAAGACUGCCAUUUCGGCCUGUUGCCAAUGUCGUUUUAAAGCCGCGUCCACACUAUGCCGAUCGACAAGGUCGAACGACAUAAGCCACAUUCGUCUCGUCCAUACAUAAACUGCUGUGUGAACGUAUUUCAUCAGUCGACUGUGAGUAGUUGAGUGCUGUGCUUUAGUGAAACAAGAAACAAAAUGAUUGAUGCAGAUGCUCUUGUUGCUGCUGCUACUGCCAUAUUUAUGUCCGCGCUUGUAGACCAACAUGUGCAUCGUUCAACAAGGAGGUUUUGGAUUCGACCUAGUCUCGUUAAUGGGAGAAAAAAGUACAGCACAACCGAAUUUAUAAAAGAUUUAUAUGCAUAUGCACCAAGUCCAGUUAAUCACGAUUAGCUUGUAAUCAUGAUUAAAAUAUCUCGAUUAAGAUAAUUUGCAAUGCGCCAGCACUGUUGAGGAACUUGAUCACAAUUAAAGUUAACCGGCCAAUUGUAGUGGGUUAAAUAUUUAAUCAUGAUCAAGAAGGUUAUGUUUGUAUUUUGUUUUGGAAUUUUUAUUAAAAUGGAAAUUGAAGACCAAAUUAUACUUGAUAAUGAUUAUGAUGUAAUGGAUAUUAUUAAUGAUGGCUUUCCGAGAGCCAGACCUCAGAGACCUAAUUAUUUCGAUUCAAUAGAUGAUUUGGGUUUCUUUAGAAGAUUCCGUCUUACUAAACCCACUGCGAAAGCACUAUUGGGAGAAAUACAACACACAAUGGAAUUUGAUAAUAACUUAAAUAAUCAAGUAUCCCCUAUGAACCAACUACUAACUACUUUAAGGUUUUACGCCUCAAAUGGGCAUCAAAUUGGUAUUGGAGAUCUUAUGGGGAUCCACCAAACCACAGCAUGCAGAAUCAUAUCAAGGGUCAGUAGAACCAUUGCUAUGUUGAGGCCCAACUAUAUUCAAAUGCCAGAAAACCAUGCUCAGCUUCUGCAUACUCAACAAGAGUUUUAUCACAGGGCAAGAUUCCCCCGGGUGGUGGGGUGCAUUGAUUGCACACACAUUAAAAUAAAUUCACCAGGUGGUGAAGAUCCUGAAAUUUUUCGUAACAGAAAAGGGAUAUUUUCUAUAAAUACGCAAGUUGUGGGAAAUGCAAAUUUGGAAAUAACGGAUAUUGUUGCUAGGUGGCCAGGUUCUGUUCAUGAUGCUACAAUAUUUAAUAAUUCAUCAAUACUUGCCCGACUAGAAAACCAGGAAUUUGGGAAUGGCAUUAUUUUGGGAGAUAGUGGCUAUGCUCUAAGGCCCUUUUUAUUAACACCCUUACUAAAUCCUGUCAACCAAGCAGAGCAAAGGUAUAAUGAAUCUCUUAUACGUACCAGGAACUGCAUUGAACGACUUUUUGGUUGCUGGAAAAGACGCUUUCCAGUUCUUGCAUAUGGUAUGAGAUGCCACACUGACAAUGUAAUGGCCAUUAUAGUAGCAACAGCAGUGCUGCACAACAUAUGUAGAAGAAUGGGUGAAGAUUUGCCACCUGCUCCUGAAGACAUUGAUGAAGACAUGUUGGAAUAUUUAAUAGAGCAAGAUAAUGUACCACAUGUACCUUUUGUUAAUAAUGUUAAUAAUAUACUUAACUAUCGUCAGCAAAUAAUAAAUACUUAUUUUGCUCGAUUGAAUUAAUUCAGUGCUCAAUAUAAUAUCUUAACUC